AUGUCAGAGUACUCGGUAUAUCAACAGUUGAAUGAAGAUUCACAUGCAACUAAAUAUACUUAUAAAUUACUACAGCUACCAUCAAAGAUCUUAAACCAACUUGAAUCAAACACAGCUAACUUGUACAUAAAAUCCGAUAUCAAUUCCCUAGCAUUAUGCACUGAUUCAGAAACGUUCAAGUUGAGACAAAUGAAUCAUUCCAAUACAGUCUUGCUAUUGAAUAAAGAGCCUGAUAGUAAGUUAAUUGGGUUUCAGAAAACCAGUUACGAAUAUGAAUUAACAGAAAUCAAGGGCUCGAUUGAUACGUCCAAUAUUCCUAUCUUCAAUGGACGGACAGUACCGCAACGUAUUGAUUUGCAAGCAUUAAAAGAUAAUUCGAUUUGUUCAUAUCAAGAGUUUUUAUCAAACUGGUACGAGUUGGGAGGUUGUGAAAUUGAUCAUGGGGCAUAUAUCAUGAGUGCAGACAUUCUUACUGAACUAUUGUAUUUGUUAAUCACCAAAUUGAUGAGCUUACAGGUACAUGAGUUUUCUUGGGAGGACGUUUCAUCCAUCAUCGCGCCCCCUUAUAAUGACUCGAUGUUGACAUCAAUCAUACACAAGUUUUGUACUCUGGAGAAUGAGAAAUAUCACUUGAAUGAUUUGAAAAUCACCCAGUGGUUUGGUAUUGUGGAGAUGUCGAAAAUCAAUCAUAAAAUGACCGAUAUCUCGGAGUUCCUAUUGAAUUGGAAAACUAGCUUGCCGUCAUUCUAUAAUCCUCCAUUGGAUCUCAGUCAGUUGACCGGCUAUUACUGCUCGCCAAUUGAACACAAAAUAUUGUAUGUUGACCCCGAAUCCUUAUCAGAAAACUUGAGUCAACGAUUCAAAGAAUUGUUUGAAUUAGAUAAAAGCUGGAAUUAUGAUGAGUUUAUUCCAUUCAUUUCAAAGUUUGUUCCUGCUGGUAAGAAGGUCGACUCGAUUAUUUUGAAGUAUGGCAAGAAGAAGAAAGUCGGGAAGAAUAGGUUUGUAGUCUGUCCUAGAUAA